GGCGAGGCAGCCCGGGCGCCAGCGAGCGGCGAGCGCGGCGAGCACCGAGGGAAGCGCGAGCAGCAGGCAGCAUGGCGGGGCCCCGGCGCCCGCAGCCCGGCUGCUCCUGCCGCACCGCCGCGGCCGUGAACCUCCUGCUGGGCGUCUUCCAGGUCCUCCUGCCCUGCUGCCGCCCGGGAGGGGCUCAGGGACAAGCGAUUGAGCCCUUGCCGAACGUGGUGGAGCUGUGGCAGGCAGAAGAAGGGGAACUCCUGCUGCCCACUCAGGGUGAUUCUGAAGAGGAUAUGGAGGAGCGUUCUCAAGAACAGAGCUUCUCAGACAAACUAAUUAGUGGAAAAGGCUUACAUUUCCAGCCAACCGUUCUAGAUUUUGGAAUUCAGUUCCUGGGACACCCUGCAGCCAAGAUCCUCUAUGCUUACAACCCGAGCAGAGAGAGCGAGGUCGUGGUGAACUCAGUGUUUACCGCUGCAGGACAUUUCCAUGUGCCUCCUGUUCAUUGCAGGGUCAUUCCAGCAAUGGGGAGAACCUCCUUCAGAAUUAUUUUCUUACCUACUGAAGAAGGGAACAUUGAGAGUUCUUUAUUUAUUAAUACCUCCUCACACGGAGUCCUUUCCUAUCACGUAUCUGGAAUUGGUACUCGCAGAAUCUCUACAGAAGGGUCUGCACAGCAGCUCACAAAUGCGUAUUUUCUGCUCCCGCAGGUCCAGAGCAUUCAGCUUUCACAAACACAGGCAGAAACCACUAAUACUAGCCUCUUGCAGGUGCAACUGGAAUGCAGUUUACAUAACAAAGUGUGUCAGCGAUUAAAGAGCUGUUAUCUGGAAUCCGAUGAUGUGUUACGGCUACAGAUGAGCAUAAUUGUAACAAUGGAAAACGCCUCGAAAGAAUUUGAGCAAAACACACAGGAUUUGUUAGAUCAUCUUUCUAUUAUUUAUGUAGCUACAGAUAAAUCUGAGACCUCAGAUGAUUCGGCCGUAAAUAUGUAUAUAUUACAUUCAGGAAACAGCUUUAUAUGGAUACAGGAUGUCCAUCAUUUCUCACAGAGAGACGCUCUGUCUCUGCAGUUUGAACCGGUGCUCCUACCUUCCUCUACUACGAACUUUACAAAAAUUGCCUCUUUUACUUGCAAAGCUCCAUUGUGUGAUAGUGGCGUGAAAGAAGUCACGAAGAAAACAAAAAGCACUCCAACACUAACAGCCUGCCUCUCCUCUCCGGUGGUCCCAGGGUAUUUCAGAAUGGACUCUUCUGCUGCCCAGUUCCACCUGGAGAUCCACGAGAACACGUCGGGAGUUUGGACAAUGUGGUACCUCAACCAUUUCGACCGCAGCGUCGUCAUAAACGAUGUGUUUGUCUCCAAGGAGGCCAAGAAGUUUUUGAAGAUUCUGAAUUUCACUGGCCCUUUAUUUCUACCUCCAGGCUGUUGGAAUAUAUUUUCUUUGAAAGUUGCUAUUAGAAACAUUGCCAUAAAUCUAUUCACCAAUGUAUUUUUGACUACAAACAUAGGUGCUAUGUUUGCAAUACCUCUACAGAUUUACUCUGCACCAACCAAGGAAGGGACUCUGGGUUUUGAAGUGAUAGCACAUUGUGGCAUGCAUUAUUUCAUGGGAAAAUCAAAAGCAGAAAAUCCUCAUUGGGAAGGGAGCCUUUCUCUGGAUCAGUCUACCUGGGAUGUGGAUUUUGAACUCGCAAAUAAGUUGUAUGAGAGAUGGAAGAAAUUUAAAAACAGUGACGUCUGCAAGAGGAAUGUUUUAGGAAUGACUCGGUUUGCCCCCUUGAAGAGAUCCAAGGAGUCGGAAUCCUUUGUUUUCUUUCUGCCUCGUUUGGUUACAGAGCCAGGCCUCGUGUUGAACUUCAGCGCAACUGCCCUGAGGAACAGCGUGGUAAAGUACUUCGUGGUGCAGAACCCUUCCUCUCUGCCGGUGUCCCUGCAGCUGCUGCCUCUCUCUCUGUAUCCUAAGCCCGAGGCUGCUGUGCGCCUGCUCCACAAACGGUUUGGCUCCGACAUGCAGACAAUUAAUUUCACAACUGGCGAAUUCCAGCUCACCAAAGCUUGCCCUUCCCGGGGUGUGCAUUCUGAGGGAUCCAGGUCUGGCAGCCUCCACUUGCACUUGCAGCCUCUGGCAACGAAAAGGGUCGGUGUCAUUUUCACGCCAGCUGACUAUGGAAAAGUUACCUCACUCAUUCUAAUUCGGAAUAACUUGACUGUUAUUGACAUGAUUGCUGUGGAAGGAUUCGGAGCACGCGAGCUGCUGAAAGUGGGCGGGAGACUGCCCGGCCCCGGAGGCUCGCUCCGAUUCAAGGUGCCCGAGUCCACGCUGAUGGACUGCCGGCGACAACUGAAAGACAGCAAGCAAAUUUUAUCUAUUACAAAGAACUUUAAAGUUGAGAAUAUCGGACCACUUCCUAUAACUGUGACGUCUCUGAAAAUCAAUGGGUAUAAUUGCCAAGGCUAUGGGUUCGAAGUGCUAGAUUGCCAUCAGUUUUCCCUGCUCCCAAACACAUCGCGAGAUAUCAGCAUUGUGUUUACUCCAGAUUUUACCUCUUCCUGGGUCAUUCGUGAGCUGACGCUCGUCACGGCAGCCGACCUGGAGUUUCGCUUCACUCUCAACGUGACCCUCCCCCAUCACCUGCUGCCUUUGUGUGCGGACGUGGUUCCAGGGCCCAGCUGGGAGGAGUCGUUUUGGAGGCUUACAGUCUUCUUUGUCAGUUUGUCCCUGCUGGGUGUGAUUUUAAUAGCCUUCCAGCAAGCACAGUACAUCCUCAUGGAGUUCGUGAAAACGAGGCAGAGGCAGAAUGCCGGCUCCUCCUCACCGCAGAGCGGCAGUCCGAUGGAGGGCAUCGGCUCCCAUUCCCACAAAAGCAAUUGCAAGAACUUCCUCGAUACCUAUGGCCCCACGGACAAAAGCAGAGGGAAGAGCUGCCUCCCGGUGAACACUCCGCAGAGCAGGAUGCAGAACGCUGCGAAGAGGAGCCCGGCGACCUACGGCCACUCCCAGAAGAAGCACAAGUGCUCCGUCUAUUACAGCAAACACAAGCCCAGCGCCCCGAGCGCCAGCAGCGCCAGCAGCGCCAGCCUAGCUGCCGAGGACAAACCAGCGGCGGCCCCAGGCGGCCCCCUGGCUGCUGCCAAAGAGGACGUGUGCUCUGAUCUAACGGGCGAGAACUGGACACACCUCAAGUAUGCCAGCAGCGUCAACGUCAACCUGCAAAAGAACUUAACCUUUCCCAAAAACUUACUGAGCAAAGAGGAGAACACACUGAAAAGCACAGUGGUCGCCCAUCACACUUCUUCGGAAUGCCAGACGAAGGAGGGAAUGCAGACAUGUAUGUUUCCUAAGGAAACGGACAUUAAAAUUGCAGAAAACAUAGCUGAGCUCAAGGAGCGAGAACUGGGUCCUCUGAAGACCUCCAAGAAACUACCUGAAAACCAUUCACCGAGAAACUCACCUCAGUACCAGUCAGACUUGCCAGACGUUCCCAGGAGAAAUCAUGGGACUAACCAGCAAGUGCCUGCCAAGAAUGAAGUGGACAGUUGUGAAGCUUUGAAGAAGGCUGACACAAAGUCUUCUUCAGAAAAGAAGAUCCACAAAACAUCGAAAGAGGACGUGUGUUCUGAGAAGCAGGACAUACCUUCUGUCGAGCAAGAAGAUCCUGACAGGAAGAAGAAGCUUCAGGAGAAAAAAGAAGGAAAUUUACAAAACUUAAAUUGGAAUAAAACUCGAACGUGUAGAAAAAACAAGAAGAGGGGUGCUGCUCAGGCCUUGAGGCCUUCAGAGCAGAAUGAGUUAAAACUUACUUGCAGUGAAUUUGAAAGAUCUGAGUUGAGCCGUGACAUCGAUGUAAGAAACUGGUGUCCACAGGAGACCCCCGGGGACAGGUGUAAAACAGACGCUGGCAUCGGAAGAAGCUUACCUGCCGCAAAGAGAGAGACAGAGGGCUACUUCCAGAAGCCGGGGAAGAAGUGCGCGGAGAAGUCUUGCUCAGAUUCCAGCUCUGACUGCGGCAGCUCCUCGGGCAGCGUGCGUGCCAGCCGCGGCAGCUGGGGCAGCUGGAGCAGCAGCAGCUCCGAUGGGGACAAGAAGCCGGGGGGCGCCCCUCAGCACUUCCUGCCAGCCAGCGGAGACAGUGUUUCCCAGAACGACUUUCCUCCAGAAACGCCCAUCUCCUUGAAUCUUUGCCAUAACAUCUGCAACCCCACCGACGUGAACAGUCUCCCACAGUAUGCAGAACCUCCCUGUCCCAGCCUUCCUGCCGGGCCUGCAGGUGCUGAAGAAGAUAAAGGUCUGUACCCCCCUGGAGACCUGUGGCCCACGCAGCCCGUGUGUGUGACAAGCGGCUUCAACUGCGCCCUGGAGAGCACGGUGCCGGGCGUGAUGCAGGGAGCAGCCCCCGUGCACAGCAGCAGUUUCAUUGAUUGGAGUGCAACUUGCGAAGGCCAGUUCCCCAGUGUGUACUGCCCGUUAGAACUGAACGAUUACAACGCCUUUCCGGAAGAGAACAUGAAUUACCCCAACGGCUUCCCGUGUCCUGCUGAAAUUCAGACAGACUUUGUUGACCACAACGCGCAGUCUACCUGGAACACCCCGCCCGCUGUGCCGGCCGCCUGGGGACACCCCGGUCUCGUCAGCAACCCGCCCUACCUCACAAGCACCCGAAGCUUAUCUCCAAUGUCUGGACUUUUUGGUUCCAUCUGGGCCCCGCAGAGCGAUGUGUACGAAAACUGCUGCCCCAUCAGCCCCUCCACAGAGCAUCCGACUCACAUGGAGAACCCGGCUGUCAUGUGCAAGGAAUACUACCCGGGGUUCAACCCGUUUCGUGCCUACAUGAACCUGGACAUAUGGACUACCACAGCCAACAGGAACGCCAAUUUCCCACUGUCUAGGGACUCGAGCUACUGUGGGAAUGUGUGAGGAGAGUUUGGUUUUUAAACAAUGUGAAUAAAGAGGCUUGUGUUUUGACGACUAGCGUAAACUGGUUCUUGAGAUAGAUUACGACAUUGGUGGAUAUUUUGGCACUUUUAUAUGAAAAUAAAACUUUUUUAAUGAAA